AAAAAAAAGUGUCUAACCUUAUUCCCCCUAUUGUAUUUUGCUACUAUAUCAGUCAUGGUCAUGUAUGAUGCCUUUUGUUAUUGAAUAGCUAACUGCUAGUAUUUCUAGUAGGCUGGUUCUUUUUAAGGAACCUUAAGGGUUAACAAUUUUGAAAAUACUUUGUAAACCAUUAGCAAAAAAAAAACUUUUUGUGCACUUUUCUGUGGUAUUAUCACCAUUACCUUAAUGUCUGCAUGUUCUAAUCAUCCUUUUUUACCCAAGUAGGCAUACCGCUGUUUAUUAAUGUCAACAUUCGAGUCUUAAUCCUUCAUGGGGUGUUUUUUUCCUGUUCAGGUGUUUGCCAUUUAUCUUUGUUAAUAUUUCUAGUGCAUGCCAGCUGGGGACAACUACUGCAGUCAUCUCUGAAAUUGGGCAGAAUAACUGCAUGAUCAUUUUAUUACUCAGUUUCUGAGCUACAUUGUUGUUUUAAAAUAUGCAUUGUGGGAGGUGUGCCACUCUGUUUUAGCAUUUUUUUUCCCUCCUCUUUAAAACAAAAAAAAAACAAAUAAAAAAGCCUGACUUUAUUUAAGACAAGGAGCCUUUGUUUUGUCUUGCAAAUGGCUUGUGGAAUUCUUCAGUUCUCAGCGGGUUAACUGGGGAACAGGAGCUGAGUUGUAAUUGGCCUAUUUAGGGUAUUUUGCAUGUGAAUGGUGUGCUAGUGAAGCAUUACUAAGUCUGUUGUGAGCGGCACAGUGAUUAGAAUUUAGAUUAGGGAAAACACUUUCUGUACUUUAUCAACUACAGUAAUUAGUUCAGUUGCUGGAAGUUAACUUUGAGUAUCGAUAAAGUUGGACUUGCUUUCCGCUCUUCAUUUGGCCAUGGCUAGUCCGAGUUGUUAAAAGUGUGGUGCCUUUAUAUAAGUGAAUGAGCAUUUAUGUACUUUUUGUUGCUCAACAAUUUAAGGUAAUUAAGAGAACCAUGUUUUCUGUGCAAAGUUUAAUCAGGAGAUAUGCAUGCUUUGGCCGAGUCACCUGGGAGGUGAGAUGGGUAUGGGUAGUCCUGGGGCACUUUCACCUACAAAGCCAGGGUCACAGUAUUAUCAGUACUCCAGCAUUAAUCCCAGAAGACGACCAUUGCACAGCGACUCCAUGGAAGUUCAGACAAAGAAAGUCCGGAAAGUUCCUCCAGGGUUACCAUCCUCAGUAUACGCCCCGUCAGCAAGCACUGCCGAUUACAACAGGGACUCACCGGGGUACCCAUCCUCCAAACCACCGACCAGCACCUUUCCCAGCUCCUUCUUCAUGCCAGAUGGCCAUCACAGUACUGAUCCAUGGAGCUCCUCCAGUGGGAUGAACCAGCCUGGCUAUAGUGGAAUGCUGGGAAACUCCUCACACGUCCCACAGACCAGCAGCUACUGUGGCCUCCAUCCACACGAGAGGCAGAGUUACCCAUCACACUCCUCAUCAGACAUCAAUUCCAGUCUUCCUCCAAUGUCCAGUUUUCACCGCAGUGGCACAAACCAUUACUCUGCCUCCUCCUGUACAGCGCCCACAAAUGGAACAGACAGCAUUUUGGCAAACAGAGCAGCAAGUGGGGCCGCAGGCAGCUCACAGACCGGUGAUGCACUGGGGAAGGCACUAGCAUCAAUCUACUCUCCCGAUCACACCAACAACAGUUUUUCAUCAAAUCCUUCAACACCUGUUGGGUCUCCCCCUUCUCUCACAGCGGCAAGCACAGCUGUUUGGUCAAGGAAUGGAGCCCAAGGACCAUCAUCUCCAAACUAUGAAGCUCCACUGCACUCUUUGCAAAGUCGCAUCGAAGACCGGUUGGAAAGGCUGGACGAUGCCAUUCAUGUGCUUCGUAGCCACGCGGUAGGUCCUUCCACGGGCAUGCCCAGCGGCCACAGUGAGAUGCACGGUUUAAUAGGACCAUCACACAAUGGGGCAAUGGGAGGACACGGAUCCGGAUAUGGCACAGGGCUCCUUUCAUCGAACAGACAUUCAUUAAUGGUGGGAGCUCAUCGUGAGGAUGGCGUGGGAUUACGUGGCACAAUUGUGCCAAACCAAGUGCCAGUCCCGCAGCUCCCAGUGCAGUCAGCAACUUCGCCUGAAUUAAACCAGACUGCAGAUCCUUACAGGGCUCUCUCAGGUGGGCUCCAGGGACACAGCGUAUCAUCGGUAAGCUCGGAGAUCAAAUCUGAAGAUGAGGGGGACGAAAACCAGGAUACCAAAUCCCUGGAUGAGAAGAAAAUUGAGGAGGACAAGAAGGAUAUCAAAUCAAUUAACAGCAAUAAUGAUGACGAGGACCUAUCCCCAGAGCAAAAGAUCGAGCGGGAGAAGGAGCGGAGAAUGGCCAAUAACGCCCGGGAGCGCCUGCGCGUGCGUGACAUCAACGAGGCCUUCAAGGAGCUGGGGCGCAUGGUGCAACUGCACCUGAAGAGCGACAAGCCGCAGACCAAGCUACUCAUCCUCCACCAGGCCGUGGCCGUCAUACUGAGUCUGGAGCAGCAAGUCAGAGAGAGGAACCUGAACCCGAAAGCAGCCUGCCUGAAAAGGCGAGAAGAAGAGAAGGGAUCAUCUGACGCGCCUCCUCUCUCCCUUGCGGGUCCACAUCACGGAUUAGGAGAUGCAUCCAACCCCAUGGGACAAAUGUCCAAGUUGCCAGAGUUCUUCAAAAUGAUGAGCGACCACUUCCUUUGACAACGUUGUUAUCUUAAUCCCACAAACCAACACUUUCCCCACCCCUUUCUUGUGUAAAAUAGAGACAAAUGCAAGUAGCUUAGAAACACAGACACAAGAGAUUUUUUCAGCAUUCCCGAUAACGUUAAAUUGCAACUUGAGGUGAACAACUCUCUAAACAUAUCAUUAGGAAUGUUCUAACAAUGUUGCAAGCUGUUGUGCACAGCCUAGAGACUGAAUGUCAAUCUUCUCCACACUGUGGAACAAUGCAUUUGUGCCUGAACUUCUUUUGGAAAAAAAAAAUAUAUAAUCAAUUUGUAAGUCUUGAAAAAAACAAUAUUUAAUUUAAAAAAUUGUAAAACUUGCAAUAAUGAAAAAGUGUACUUCGGAAAAAAAUAGAUUAAAAAAAUGUUGGUGUUCUAGUCAGCUAGUGUUUCUAUUUACUGGAGGAUAAAGGGAAUCAUUGCUGCCCCUAUAGCUACUUAAACCAGCAAAUGUCCUGAUUAUAACUUUAGUCAUAUCAUUAGCCAUUCCUUUGCAUAGGAAGAGCAGAUGGAUCUUAUGAGCAUAGGGGAGAAAGGCAGUAGUUUAUUGACUGUUGCUUAUUUACUGGGCUUAUGCUGUCACUCAGUAUGAGAUGGAAAUGAGCUAGAUUAGUAGAAUUUAGUGAUUUUCUUUUUUUCUACUUACUAAGACCUGAAGACUUGCUUUGUAGGUACUGUAUGGCUCAGACUUGCAAUGCUGUUGACUAGCUCUGCAUAUGUUUUCCAUGGGGAAAACCCUGUACCCAGUGCCAUGGCUAUGGACAAAUUAAAGCCACGUGAAGAGAGGCACAUUUAGCUUUUUUAGUCUUACCCAGGUCACUCCUACAACCCAUCCCGACCCCACUCCCCAGAGAUGCAAUGUUAACAUGCUACAGUUUUACCAAUGUGCCUUUUAGAGUUCAUAUCAUUAAAGGGAACAGGAGGAUGCUAUCUGAACUUUUUAGGAUGCAAGCUUAGGGAACUUGUUGGUCAUUAGGUCUAUGCAGUCAGGUUUUUUCUAACCUGUUAAAAAACAAAAAAAACAAGAAAAAAAAUAUUUUUUGGAUAAACUGUAUUUAAUGUAUUGUAUGCUUAUAUAUGUAAUUAGGAGACGUGUUCCUGAACGACCAUGUUUGUGUAAAUUAUCCCAAGUUGCGGCCCAUUUUCGUACUUCGUGAAAAAACAAGUGUUGUAUAGGUCUUAAGUAACCUUAAGUAAUGGCUUUCUAUGAGCCACAGUAGUCCUUCAGUACAGUAUGUGGUUGUAUGUGUAGAUUUGAUUUUUAGUCUGUUCUGGUUUCACUGUCAAGGCAACAGCAAAUUCUGCAGCAGAAAUGACAGCGGUGUUAAUGCCGUUUUAACUCAUCGACUCAAAAUAGACACUGCAACUGGAAGAAAUAUACAGAGGUUAUGCUGAAUCUAAAAGAGAAAUUUAGAAAGAUCAUUGAUUUCUAUAAUCAUAUGGAGCAAAAUGGAAAAGGCACCUCAGUAUAACUUCUAAAGUCACGGGUUGUUUGGCUGUUUAAGUGCCAUGGAAGGUGAUGUGGCUGCUCAUGGCACCAUAUAGACUAAACACCAUUCGGGAAAGGCAAAAGAGUUCCAUCUGCUCUACUUAUUGCCAAUUAGCUGUUAAUGAAACACAGAUAUUUGUAAAUUUUAUGCAACAAAUGCAAACAUCAUUAUUUUGAAAUUGUGUAUGUAAAAGUUAUAUUUUUACAUGUAGACUAUUGUUAUGUGUUUAGAAUAUGUUGUAUCCGUUUUUAAGAAAAACAAUGAAUUCAGUGUGUGUUGAAAAUGUGUCACAUUGAAAAUGUAGUGGAUUCAAGCUUCAAAAAAAUAUCUUUCAAUUUUAUGUUUAUAUUGGGAACAUUUUUGGGUGAAAAAACAGAACAAAAUAAGGUAUUUAAGAUUAUGUGUCAUGCUCCAUACUCAUCUACAUUGCAGUUAAAAGUGUAUUUGGAAACAAAUUGUGUAUAUAGUCAUAUAAAAACAGGGUUUAAGUGUCUUCGGUAAAGAGAAAAAUUGUUUGACUUAAGACCUGGAGGUGGAUCAAUUGAAUGAUAUAAUUGCUGUGCUUCUAUCGGUCACUUGAGCCAAGUGCCAAAAUGAAUAAUGAAGUGCAUUAAUUACAGUUAUGCACAUAGGGCACGUAUCUGUCCUGCACAAAUGUAUUUCCCUCUGUCCAAUUAACUGAGAGCAUCAAUUACAGAUUACACUGGUUGAACUCUGCUUUUGUUGAAGUGGAUCUAAAAGGAAGGGGUAUAUGAAUGCAAUCAUAUGAGUGCAUUCAAUAAAAAAGGACGAGGCAUCAAGCUCAAUAACCAAUAUUUACAGCCAUUAAUAGUCUCUAAAAGUUGAAAGGGAAGUUUGAAAACAUCAAUUUUUCAUUAGAUACUCAUAUACAGGUGCACUCCAGUUAUAACGGAUCCUGUUAGAACGUGCGACACAUGGUUAACAACGUAUUGAGGAGGCACGUCCCUGCCAAACAACAUGGGUUUUAAUGAGGAAUUACUCUGGUUAAAACGGACUUGUUUAUAAUGUAUAUACUGUUUAAUACAUACAGUUUUCCUGUUUCAUAGACAUGUCUUUUGCGUUAAAUACGUACAGUUUUCCUGUUCCAGAGGUAGAUAUUUUGCACAAAUAAGGUACAUCCGGGACAGUAAAUGACAGUCACGGCGGCAUUUGUGACGUCAGGCAGGAAAAACAGUUGCUGUUUACUUUUACUUUUAUGUUUUUUUUUGGCACAGCCGUUGUACAGUUUAAACGUAUAACUGAUACAAUUUUUAUUACAUUUCGUGAAAAUAUAAAUAGUAAAAUAUUACUACUUGUAUUGUACAGCCCACAGGGGUGUGUUUUGUACAAAUAAUAAACUCCUGUUCUUUGGCAGUUAAGCUUUCUUGUAUUAUUUAUAUUUAAGGUACUUCUGUUCACAGUUACAUACAGCAUUUCAAAUUGUGUUUACUACGUACUUCAUUUAUAAAGUACUGAUUUCAGUUGUCCCUUGGAGUCUGUUAUAAGUGGAGUGCACCUGUAAUUGUGUGUAAAAAAUGUUUUAAAGCAUGUAAGCACCAGAUCAAGGGCUAAUUCCAAUACUGUAUAUGUGUGUGUGUUUGGCCCAGUAAUAAAUUGUGACAGUUUUACCGGCUAUGUGGCCACAGUCAGCAGGCAGAAGUUUAUUCAAAUGUUACAGGCUUAUCGAAUGUCCCAUCAAGUCUUUGGUAUUGUGAGAAAUAUAUGUGAAGAGCAGACAAGGCUGUUUCCAUUCCCCUGAAAUUGUGAUACUUUGACAAGCCCAAACUUGUUAUAACACUUAUUGCUACUGUCUUAAUGUUGCACUUCCUGAAGACUAAAGAGACAAGUGCUUUUCGUUACCGACUUCUUAACCCAUGGGUCGUCAUAGCAAUGGAGCACACUUAAUUUGUUUUCAUAGUUGGCAGCACUUUCGUGUCAAGUUAAUUUCCUUAAAUCCAAAACGAUUAUAAGCCACAAGGCUUAGAAAAAUGUUCAUAAUACACAGAAAGUUUCCAUUUUGUUAUAUUGUUGUGUUUUUGUUGUUUUUUGGUUAUUGUUUUGUUUUUGUUUUUUUUUUAUUGAAAACAUGAUGGUAUUCUAGCAUCUUGCCUCUCAAAUGCUUCUUCUACAGUAUGCAUUGUGACAACAGUAAUUCAAGGAUUCAUAGAUGUAUGGUGUCAGCAGCCAACUAAUUUGCACGUUAUGCAUUAAAUGUUUAGAGCAUUUAAUGUUUGCUUUAGCAUAUAUUACAGGAGUGUUACACUACAGUCACUUUGCUAAUGAAUUUUCUCCUGCUGGUGCGUGCACCCAACUGAUUACAAAAGUUCAGUCCCUUCAUUUGUUUAAUUAUACAAUAGAAAAAGGUCAGGCUAGUUAAUGCUAGAAGGUUUAUUUGAAGAAAUACAUUUUUGGAAUGUAUGGCUGGAGCUGACCUAAAAAAGUUUCAUGUGUAAGUGAUUACUGCGUAAAACAAAAGGUUACAUGGCUAAUAGGUAGGGGUUGCUUCAGUUGACUUACAAUUCAAAUGUACUGCUUGAAAGAAAUUAGCUGCCAAUAAAGACUUUCAGUCAAAAGUUAAUGCAACCAUGUUGGUUAUGUGAUAAAAUAUAUAUAUUUUUCUGAAUUGAUCCACCUCCAUUCUUUUUAGAACAUGCUAACAUAUAAAUUAGAAACUGUUCAUUUAAGUUUGGGGAGGGGGAAGGGGGUUCCAUUUGUCUUCAACGUAGCUACAAUGAACACUAACGCCUAUAAACUGUCAAUCAAGUCAAGGAUGCAAUUUGUACUGAUCCAGUCUUCCGAUGUUUUGGUUUUUUUUUGAGGGAGAGACGGGAACCCUUUUUUUGUGUCAAGAGGCUAAAUUUACAAAACUGAAUAAUGAAUAGUUAUCAUCAGAAAAUAAUCAUGAACAAGCACAAAAUUGCUGACUGGAAAAAAAUAAAGUAAUAUAUAUAUAUAUAUAUAUAUAUAUAUAUAUAUAUAUAUAUAUAUAUAUAUAUAUAUAUAUAAAAAUAAAUAAAUCAAUUAUAACAAAUCAAACAUGAGGCACAGAGGCUUCUAGGCCUGACAUCUUUUUUUUUUCUUUUGGGUAGACAUUUCUUUCUCAUGGAUUUUAAUUCAUCUUUGUGCAGUGCUGGUUUGACCAUGUUCAUUUCAAAGUAUUAUAGACAUAUGUAAUGGUUAAAAUAUAUGAACUGUGGCCUUUUUCAUUCUUCUUGUUACUUGUGAUGCAAUUAAGUGAAGAAAAAAAGCAGAGAUAUACCAUGUAUCAGUGCCUGGCUUUUUGUUAUAAAGCUUCUUUUGUCUAGUGCUCUUUUGCUAUGAAAUAGACUAGUGCACCCUAUUACAAAAAAAUACAUUAAAAAUCUAAAUUUAAAAUUAACUAUAUUUGGCUUAUUUUUCGCAGGGGCAAUCCUUUUAUACCAUGAAUAUUGAAAAAAAAAGACAAUGUCAGAUUCUGAAUAUUUCUCUUUGUAGAUUUUUGGAAUCAUUCUGAGUAAAAGUUUGUUACUUUAUUUUACUAUUUAAAGAUGUUAUUUUACCAUGUGUUACUGAGACGAAACUGUAUGGUUUUUCGUGGUUGGUCGCAUACUGCCAUUUGCGGCUGUGCACAUACCUGCAGCAGUGAAAAAUAAAAAACAGUUACACUUUGUUUCCAAUGUGUGGCUGAGUGCCUCGACUUUUUUUUUCCAUGUUUUUGGUGUAUUUUUUUUUUGUUGUUUUUUUUUUUUUUUUUUGAUUAGUAGAAGUGUCCAAAACAGGUUGUGUGCUGGAGUUACUCUUUAAGCCAACUCAUUGUAGGCCAUUACCUGUUAUUUUACAUCUGUAGUUAUUCAAUGAAGUCAUGUACAUGACCGUUCUGUAGCAAUAAAUGUGCCAUUUUUAUAACCUA